AUGGUGUAUGCUAUCAUUAUAAAAUGUGGAGAAUCGAAGAAGAAAUCUCAAACAAGUAAAACAUCCACUCUUGUAAACGCAAAGGGGUGCAAACAGAAAUGCGAGAAAAAAUGUAAAAAUAAAUUCGAAAAGAAGUGCGAAAAGAAAGGCACAAAUUACGACAUAAAAAAGGAGGUACAAUCCAGUUAUUGCUUUAAGAACAAUCAGCAUUCCAUAUUGAAUUACUUCGAUCUAAAAAAGAAGGAAAAAAAAAAAGACGAAGAUACCAAAGAUGCUAAUGAACCAAACGAAAAUGUUGACGAUUGUGUAGACAAUUUUCAUAGCAUCGAAGAAUGCAAAAAUGAAUCGAAACAGAAGAAUGAACACAUUUUUACAUACAUAAAAUGGAUAUAUGAAGAGAAAAAAAAAGAGAAAGAAAAUAUUAAGGAACACAUUUUAAAAUUAUUAAUACUCUUGAAAAAAGAAGAUAUAUAUUUGAAAAAAUAUUUCCCAAAAGUAUACUAUUCUGAACUAAAUAAAAAAAAAAAUGAAAAUAUUGAGAACAAGUUAAAUUACAAAGAAAAAAUAUAUAUUAAUAAUAUAUACAAUAAGAAUGUCAAAAGUAUCAAGUUUUACUCCAAUAUAAUAAAUAAUUCCAUUUAUGAAUACAAAUUGACCUUCUCCAAGGAGAAUAGUUUAAUAACGUUUCACUACUAUGAUGGGUUUAAAAAAUCCUUUAAAAUUUCUAAUAGCACCUUUUUUUAUCUCAUAUCUGAUGCCAAAAACGUGUUUCGAUCUAGUUCUCAAAAUGAAUGGCACCAAGAUGAGGAAUCAACUUGCCUUACAGAUAAGAAUAGAUAUAUAUACACAUUCAAAAGGAAUUGCAAUAACAAAAUAAACGUCGAAAUAAUAGAUGUACUUAGCAAAACAAAUAAGAUAGAGUUUUCUGUCUCCUAUACCCCCCUUCGAGUAUUCUAUCAAAAUAAUCAUUUGUUUUUUGUAAAUAUCAUAAAUUGUCGAAAAAAAUCAAGGUAUUUUACAUACUCUAUAUAUAAAAACAAUGUUAUAGAAAAAAUUAGAGUCAUAUAUUUGUCAACAGUUCAUCCAUUCUAUCAAAACACAAUUGUCUGUGGGAAUACUUUUCCCUUUUUUUGUAAGUGUAAAUAUUUUUAUCAUAAAGAGAAAAUUUUUAUGUGGUCUGAUCCGUUGUUAAAUGACUCUUCAUGUCCUUACACUUCACAUUCCUCAACACCAAGUGAUGAGGAGGAGGAAGACGACGAUGAAGAGACAAAGCUGAAUAAAAUUCCAAGUAUGAACAUUAUACACAUAAACUCGAAUGUAAAUAUAUGCAUAGCAUUUGAAGAAAGUACCGAGACAUACUUCUUUUUUCACAUUCUGUAUGAGAUAAUAAAAUAUAAUAAGAAAUAUUUAAAAGAUUAUUUUAAAGGAGAAAAGAUUGACAAAUUUCUCCCAUUUCAACAUUUUUUGAGUAUAGAAAAAAAUCAAUUUUUUUAUAAAAACAAAACAUUUAGUAAUAUUAAUUUUAACACAGAAAUCUACAAACCUCAACUCGUGUUAACCAGUGGGGGAAAUAAAAGUAUCAGUAAUAGAAUUAAAUUAUGUGUUUAUGAUAAUGUCAACAAUUUAUUAUUUCUAAUCCCUAUAUAUCAUAAAUACGUGAGGGAUAAAAUCAAGAUUGUACCCAAUGUGUUAAAUUUCACAGCAAUUAAUAUGACAAGAGAAUUUUCCACUUUUAAUUAUUACCCAUAUAACAUAUGUGCUUUUAUGAACAACAAAAUUAAUACUACUCACUUGGAAUGUAAGAAAAGAAAGUUGAAUUUGGAACACACUGCUAUUAAUGUAUCUACAGGAAGGAAAAGGGGUCAUUACUUCCAAAAAUUAUUAAAAACAAAAAUGAACAUAUUAAAAUCUGGAGAAGGCCAAGGUUCAUAUAAUGUGACAAAAGAAGUUACACAGUCGAAUAUACAGAUUCUUGAUAUGAACAGAAUAAACAAUUUUAUUAUCAUCUUAAACAAAGAUGGCAUGCUUUACUUGUUGUCUGAUGAUAUAUACGUGUCCAGUAUAUACUUAUACAACAACAAGGAACAGAUAUAUAACAUAUACAAUUCUGAUUUUUGUCAUGUCACAGUUGAUACGAUUGAUUAUGAUAAGAAGAAAAUUUGCUUGAAUUCUUACAGAGUAUAUAUUGAUAUAUUACCCAAAAAUCCAACUCUAAAAUUUGUCUUAUCAUUUUUUUACAACUACAUAUGUAAAAAAAUUGCAACUCAAUUUUUUACCCUAUGUAUUUAUGAGUGCAGAAAGACAGAAGAUAAUAAGAGCAUUUUUCACUUUCUAAAUAUUGAUAUAUAUUUUUUGGACUAUUACAAUUUUGAAUAUUCUCAUGAGAGAGGCAUGAGUGCUACGGGUUUCAACAAGGUUGAUGAUGAACGCUUGAAAUUUGCUGCCAACAGAAAUGACCUGGAGGGGAACAGUAAGGUGGCAAAUACGUGGUCACAAAAUUUGGGAGCUCAAAAUUUGAAUGUGCAAUAUUCGAAAUUGCAGAAUUGCACGUCUAAUGAGCAAACAAAUCACCAGUGGUACAAGAACGAUGACUCCCAAAUAGACAACCCUCUAAGGUACCGGACUAAUCAGUGUACGGGCAGUAAAAGCAUGGCCCAAAGCACAGAUGAAACAUGGAUAAAGAAACACACAGAGAAGUAUAAAAUGUUCAAUAAAAACUUUUUCGAAAUAGAAAAUUUGCUUCACAUUGAAUUUAGUCGAUUUGUUUACUUGUUCAUGCUAGUGUGUGUAGAAGAUUUAAAAAUGUAUCGAAAAAUGGAAAAAUAUUUAUACCUUAAAAAAGUGAAUAAUCCUGCACAAACAGAUGAAUACGGUGAUUUGAAAUUUAAUUGUUUUAAACUGGGGGAAGGAAUAGAUGAAACGUCAAACACGGAGGAGGAGCGUAAUAGCACAUAUUCUAGUUCGUGCAAUUCAGACAAUAAAAUAGAAUCCCCUUUUAAUAAAAUCCACAUUUGUGGUGACCAAAAAAACAAUAUUACCUGUAAAACUUUUAACAGUUACUACAGGAUGAUUGAAAAUUUUAUUAACUAUUUGCACAAUAAGUAUAAACAUAUUUACCAUAACAAAUAUCUGAUAUUAGCUUAUUUACACUCCUAUUUUGAUGAAAUUAGCAUCAAUGAGCUAGUGGAGCAAAAAAUUAAAGACGAUCUCAUAUUCAUAAUUCUCAUUCUGUCAUACAGUUCAAACGUGUACAAUUUUAUGUUCCACUACAUGAACAAGCUAAGUCCAUGCAGAAAACAAAUGUUACAAUCCUUUUAUAAACACAUAUGUAGAAAAUAUUACAAAGAGGAGUUGUUAAAAUGGUGUAGAUAUAAACCAACGAAUGAAAACCCUUCCAAAACUGAAAAAAAUUGCAUCCUCAUGAUAAGUCAAACGAAUAGAUGCUCCGACAAAACGGUGCAAAGAGGUUAUUCCAGUUUCGGGAAAAUGCAUUUCAGACAUUUUACACAUAAUAAAGAAAGUUUGACAAAAAUUCCACAAAAGUAUCAUUUUGAAGAGCAUAGUUUUGAAAAGCAUAAUUUUGAAAAGUAUAAUUUUUUAAAUAAUUAUCUAAAGAAUAAGUACAAAAAAAUGGUUAAUAUCCCGAACACAGUGGAAAUUAUCAACCAAAUAGCAAAUUGCAAAGACACGGAAAAGGACCAUAAUAAGUUAAACCAUUUUUUGAGUAUCAUCUUUUUGUUACACCAUAAUGAUAAAUGCACGAAGAAAUUGAAGCUCAAACAUGAAUGUUACACAAGGGAAGUAGAAGAACUUUUUAGCAUCAUGAUGAAGGAGGAGGUUAGGAAAAAUUUUAAAAAAGGAAAGAAUAGCGAAAACAGAAAUGAUAGAACAAGCACAAAUUUAAGCAAAAAUAUGGAUCACAUAAAAAACUUGUAUAAAACAUUCCAGACCUUCAAAUCUUCUAUUCUUAUUGAUGACAGAAUAAAAUUUCUAUAUUACUUCUACCCCCUGUAUUUUCCAUUAAAAAACUUGCUAAUUAUCUCCUAUUUGAGUCUGUUUUACGCUCCAAAUUUGAAAAAUAAAAUAAUGAAAGAUAUCUUUUUAAGAAAUGUAAUUAAAAAUGAGUUAGAUGUGAUUUAUUUUCCUUCCUUCGACUUAGAUUUCAUGAAAAGUGAUGAAGAAUUCAUGUUUCAAAAACAGAAUGGAACAUUUCUAAAGAAUUAUGCCCUCAUUGACGUUAAUAAAGAGGGAAAAAAUUGUAACGAAAAAUUUAGGAACAAAAAAGAAUAUAAGAACAACAAAAGUAUAGUUAGGGUAUCCAAAAUGGAAAAAAUAUUACCCAAAAAUGUAGAUGUCUUCAAAACUACUGAGAGAAGCAGCUCCACGUCAAGAGAAAUGCAUAUGCAGUAUGUAAAGAAGGCAGAUCAACAAUGCAAUGAAAUAUCCUUUUAUCAAAAACGAGUUCAACUUCAUACAUACAACAUAAAACAUUUCGAUUCUUUAAACAUAGAUGAUAUGAACAUUGUUAACAUAUUACUAAAGUGUGUAUUUUAUGAAAACCUAUAUUUGCUUAACAUGUAUUCAUAUUUUGUAUAUAUCCACUGGUACAAUGAUAAUCAUAUAUUUCGACGAAAUGGAAAUACAAAAUACAUACUCACAGAUGCAAUGCACUUGAAAUGGAAAAAGGGAAAUUAUUCCACUCAUUGUAAGGCGCAUGUGAAGGAAAAUUUCCCUUAUGAUGAUAAUGUACAAAUGGUGAUUGAAAAGAAAAAAAAAAAAAAAAAAAAAAAUCCUGAGACAUGUAAAUGUCUUAAAAACUCGCAUAUAUUAAUAGAAAAAAUAAAAGGAAAUAAGGAAAAACACCAAAAAGAAGAACAAACAAAUUGUUGUAACAAUACACUUUUUUGGAAUAGAGAUGGUGCAUGCGUUGAAAUGGUAAAAUUCUUCGAUUGUUACGAAAUGUUCGAUUUUAAAAACCUCAAUUUUUACGUCAGCAUAAAUAGGGAGGAUCUGUACUUGAACAAAUGCUUUGACUUGUCCAAUGUGAAUAUGAAAAAAAAAUUUUAUAAAAUUUUAGAUAUUUUAAAAAGGAGUUAUCAUAAUGAUACUUUUGAUAGUGCUCAUAGGUACCGCUAUGGUAGUGACAUUUACGACAAAGAAAAUAAUAAUAAGUGUAACAUGUACAAUAUUGAAAAACUAAAAAUGGACGAAAGGGAGAAUCACAAGAAUAAUAACUUCGAUAAAAAAGGACAGUUAGUGCAAAAGAGCUAUCUAAGUGAGUACAAAAUAUUAAAAGACUGUUGCUUUUUUUUCGAUACGUUUAAAAUGGAUCGAAAUAUUACUUCAUGUUAUUUCCCACAUAACAAAGACACCGUUCUUGUGUACCUGAACAAUUUUCAUAACUAUUACUUUUCGAAAUAUUAUAAAAAUAGAAAAAUACAGUUAUUAAAAGGUAACGAUGAAGAGGAGAGAGAAAUAGGACAAGAAGUUGGAGAAGCAGGACAAGUAAUGGGAGGAGACACGAUACAAGAAGAGGAACAAGAUAAGGCACAAAAUAAAGACCUUAUAGAUUUAAUAGAUCUAGAAAAGUCAUCAGACAGCUUGGAGAGUGCGUAUAUACAUAAACACAAAUACAACAAAAAGAAUGUAAACAAAUAUUUGAAAAAAAUUAUCAAAUUGGCUAAUUUAGAUAAGUUAGAAGAAAAGAAAAUACUUAUCGACACGAAAAAUAAUGGAAAUAUAUACAAAGUUUUAGAUUUAAUGCACCUAUAUUAUACCUUAGAAAAAUUUUAUAAAAUGAAAUAUGUAUGCAUGCUUAACAUAAGCGAAAUUAAUUUUUCUAAUAUUAUUAAUUCGUUACAUUACAAGCCUGACAUAAAUUUUAACAUAAAAUAUUAUUUGUAUGUAUAUUUAUUUGAGUACAAACAAAACCAAAAUUGCUUUAGCAACAUUUCUAUACCUCCAAACGAUAGUUUUUCACUUAAUAUGUUAUCUAGGGCAUAUAGCAGAGAGUAUGGAGAAGGUUCUAACCAUCGUCCAAGUACUAACUUUUAUAAUUAUUCAAAUUCGUUAAAUGAAAAUGUAUUCCCCAUGAAUCGUGCACCCAGUAAUGGAAUGAAUCAUAAUGAAACGAAUGAAAAUGAUAGAAUAGAUCUUAUUGCAUUCAAUGGUCCUUCUAACACAGCUAUAGAAUCUACAAGGAACAGUAACACAGGAAUUGGAUAUCUGAAUGCUUUUCCUACUAUUGACAUUACGAGCAGGAAUAGUAAUAUAAGAAGUAGAGAAAACUUUGAAAAUGACAAUCAAAAUGGAGAAUUUCGAAAUGAUGUAUCUCAUCAUUUUCCCAGAUUUGAUAUUAAUCAAAACAACAUUAACAGAAAUCAAAGCAGUAAUGUACGAUUCAAUAGUGAUGCAUUCAAUGAACCAUCCGAAGUUACCAUGCUUAACAGGAGGAUAAGAGAAUUCAAUAGCUAUUGGCACAUACGUACAAAUGAUGUAAGAUCAAAUAACAUUUUAAGCUAUCGAAGUAUGCUUAAUAGUUCCAGAAACAUACAGCGACAAGGUAGUAACUCUGGGAAUCGAUUCAGUUAUAAUCAUAAUAGGACACCAGACAGGAAUUCAGGCAAUGUGGUUUCUCGAAAUUAUGGAAAUCGUUUAAAUGUACUACCACUAAAUAGUAGAGUUAAUAAUUAUCAAGACUUGAGUAGAGCGAAUUCUCACAACCUGAACAGACAUGUUCCUACCAAUCUGGGCGAAAGUCCAAAUAUCAAUCAGUUGGAGAAUAGCCCUGUGAAUAGCUACAGAAUGGGUAGCAACAAUAACGGUUAUAGAGGAGCAGGUAAUGGUGGUGAGAAUAGCGACAGGAAUAGCGGUAGAAAUAGCGGUAGAAAUAGUGGCAGGAAUAGCAACAUGAAUCCCAGAAUCCAGAGGAAUGAUAACAACAACUCUAUACAGCUCACCAGGGAACGUUCCAAUAUAACGUUCAGCACAGCACAAAACAGUCCGAACCAGCGAGAUCAGCUACACAAAUUGAAAUACUCCUUGAAAAAAAAAAAAAAAAAAAAAUUGAACAAUAUAAAACUAAAAAUUAAUGCCUUGUUAAAUUCUUUAAAUGUUCAAAUGAAGACAGAUAAAAUAGAGAAAAUCUUUAUCCUAAAUAAACAUUUAAAAAAAUUACAAAUUUCUAAAAAUGUUUUGCGAAAUUUUAACACCAUGUCUAUGUCAGAGCUAGCCAAUAAAAUUGGAUUUACUACAUCUUCUCAUACAGGAGACCUUUUUGAUAAUUUCCAGUUCAAUAAUAGUACUUCACAAAAUGUACUAUUACAUAGAGAAUCGAUCAGAAAUGACGAAGUAGAUAAUAACGAGGAUGCUGUUCAAAAUGAAAUGCAAGAUUCUACUAGCUCUUCCUCAUACCAGGAAAGCGAAUAUAAUAAUGACGAUUUUAGGAAAAUGAGAGAUGAAUCCGAAUGCAUCGAUUCGCCUCAAAAUUUCAUCGAUGUUGAGGAUAGUGCAGUAAAUGAUAAUUUGGAGGAAUCUCACCAAGGAGCAAUAGAACUAUAUCAACAUGACGAUAGCAUCCAUUCAUUCAGUAAUAAUCAAAAUAGGCAUGUACAGACAAACAUGAACAUGCAUUAUAAUACUGGUUAUGCAUUUAACGAGAGAGAUUCCUCUAACGACGAAUAUUACUCUAGUAAUUUUUUAUAUACCCCAAACAAAGCUUUCACUGAUUUGAAGAGCCAAGAGAACAUUAACGACAUUUCUUUUGAUAACAUAAAUCGUAUAUAUAGCUAUAAUAGAUCUAUUAAUGGCACAGAACCAAGGAGAGAUAGUCAAGUAUCACUUCUCUACAAUGAUAGAAGAAACAGUUUCCUCUUGAACAUUCACUCGAGAAUGGAAAGCAAUGGAUCGCUACAAAUCAUCAAUAGGACUGAAUCGAAUUUAAAUGAGGAAGAGAGAAGAAAUAACAGUGAAUUGUCUCGAAAUAUUCAAAUACAGUUCAACAACAGCAGUAAUGGUGUAGUCCAUAAUGGAAGAGAUAACAAUGAUGGUCUGAAUCAUAACAACAAUGUUGAUCGAAUGGUACAAAAUUUUCCAUCUAGGAACUCCAGCAGAAGCAUCAGAAAUAAUGCAAUAUCAAGCAUAAAUCAAAGAGAACGAAGGAAUAACUUCAAUGAUGGGAUGUCUAGCUAUAAUAAUACCCCUAUGAAAAAAUAUAUGAAUCUUUAUGAUGCAAAUGGUUUUAAGAAUAAGAAAGGGUUAUGUAAAAUAAUUGAUUACUAUGAUUUUACAUUUGAUAAUGUGAAAUGUAUUAAAUAUAACAAUUUUGUUGAUGGGAAAGUAAGAAACGCGUUCAAAUUGCAGUGUUCUUUAUGUCAAACUAUUAUGUACAAAAAAUAUGAUGAUGUGGAUAAGAAGAAAAAUAGUGCUUUAUUAAAUAUACUAAGUAACGAAAAUUAUUUAUAUAAAUUUUUAAAUAAAAAUUAUAAAUAUUGUGGUAUGUAUUUCCUGGCAGGGUUAAUAUAUGGAUUAGGUCUAUUACAAUUUUUUAAAAAUAUAAAAGUUUCUUUAUUUUUACAAUAUAUUUUGAAAUAUAAAAAUAGAUGUCUCUACAUAUGUUCUAUUUUGGGAAUAGCAUUAUCAUUAAUAUCUUCAAAAAAUAGAGAAUUAACAUCCAUCUGUUUAAGUGCAUUAUUCAAAGAAUUAUAUACCAAUGAAAAAAAAAAAAUAAACUUUGAUAAUUUACUUUUUCAAUGUUUAAAUGAAGACUUGGAGAGGGUGCAAAGGGUGGAAAACGAUAAUUAUAACUUCGUUUUUUAUAAAAAAAAAAAAAUUAGCAAGACACAAAAAUUGAAGACACAAAUAAAACAACUAAAAAAUGAAUCCCCCAAAUCGGUAGCAGAAUUUAGAAACACUCAUGAAAUAGAUAACUCACAAUAUUUUAACAUGUUGUAUGCACACGAUAAUGAAUUAUUCGAUGAAGACACUACAACUAUACAUAUGUCAAGUGACGACACCUCAUCCAUCUCGAACAAUACACCUGAUAGGAAUGUAACAAGUGGAAUAGGGAACCAUGUGGUUCAAUCAACCACCUAUCAGCAGUACCGUGAAUGGAACUCAGAGGACGGGAAUUACAACGAUGCACAAGGAAAUACCCAUAUGAAUUACCUUCGAAAUGGUUGUUCUAACGAGGAAUCAGAAAUGUUAGUUAGUACAAAUACUCCACAAAACGGUGAUAUGGAGGGUAAACAAGAACAUGGAUGGUUGUAUAAACCUGAGUGUGGCAAGACAGACGAUCUUUUCAAUAGAAAGGAUUUUCCCAUUAAUCAGUUUAACGGCAAGGAGGAGAAAACACCACAUUAUGAACAAUGUCUAGACAAAAGUGUGGACAUAUAUCCACAUAAUGAUAAGUUCUGCAAUGACUUGAAGGAAAAAGGUGAAUACCAGAAUGAGUACAUGUAUGACUAUAUGAAUGAAGGCGAUGAAGGGUGCAAAAAUGAUGAUACACAUAAUUGCAGACAUAAUUGCACACAGAACUACGCACAGGAUUUUAUAGAGCAAAACGAGAAAAGCUCUGGGAGGGAUGAAAACAGGGGCGACCAUCCCGAGUGCUACUCUCAAAAUGACAUUGAAAACGUGGAUGAAGUUUACUCCCUUUUGAACUCUUCGAUGUAUGAUUCAAUCUGUUCUGAAAAUGGUGAAGAGACAGAAAGAGAAAAGGGAAAAAAAAAGAAGAAAAAAAAAAGGAUAGAAAUUAAAAGAGAGGAUUAUAAAUGGAAGAAAAUGAAAAAUAAUAGUGGAAAGAAUAAAAAAUGUUUAGACAAUUUGGUCCUCAGUAGUAACUUUCUGUGUCUAGGUUAUAUUCACAUGAAUAGCAACAAUAAAUGUUUGAUAAAAUACAUUUUUAAAAUAUUACAAAAGAGUAACUUAAGCAAGCUAAAUUUAUUAUGUAUAUUCUGGUCUAUAGGUUGUAUAAAUUUUAAAAAUGGUAGCAUAUUUCAUAACAUAAUUAGUUCCUUGUUAUAUUUUAUAAAUGCAAAUGUACCAUAUAAGUUGCAUAAAAAUGAUUUUAUAAAAAAUUUCUCAUUGAAAUAUUUAAAUUGUGAUGAGAUAUCAUAUGAUAUAAUGCACAUUAUCAUAUCGUCUGCCAUAGCAGUUUCCCUGAGCUUUUUCAAAACGAAUAAUAUUCACGCAUUUAAUAUGAUUUUUAUGCCCACGAUAAUUGAUCAUAUAUAUUAUUUUAACAAUUAUGAAAUGAUGGUAAAAUCAUUUGCUCGAAAUAUGAUAAUUUUCGAUUUUGUUCAUUUAUCGCAUGAAUAUAUAUUAUCCAACAUUCCUCCUUUUUUAAGAAUAUUACCAAAUGAUUUAUGUAGAAAAGGGAAAAAUCAACUACCUUAUAUGUAUCUAAUUAACAGAAAUGGAAUGUUCAAAGAUAAAGAGAUGGAGAAAAAAUUCAUACUACUAAAUGGACAUUUAAAUUUAAACCAUGAUUUUGUGAGGAAUGAAAUGAAUAAGGUUUACGAAGAUGGCUAUUAUUUUUGCUUCAACAGGAAAAACUUCGUUAAUUGUUACAAUGAUAAAUUGUCCCCAAAAGGGGCCCAUUUGAAGUAUUACUUUCAUAGAAGCAGAACAGAAAGAGAAAGGAGGGAUGGGAAAAACGGGAGAAAUGGAUGCAGUGACGGAAGAAGCCAAUGCAGUGAUGGAAGAAGCCAAUGUAGUGACGAAAGAAUUAAUGGAGACAACGAUUGCGAUCCCUUUCAUGGCAAGAAGAACAAUCCCAGUUGGUGCAUGCAAAGCGACAACAAGAAUAAUGAAGAUUACUCAAGUGAAGAUGAUAUGGAUGCAAAUAAUGAUGAUCAAAAUAACGCACAGAAAAGGAAUCAUAACCAGAAUUUAUUAAGAGAUUACACCUUUGUUUAUAAUUGUGAAAUGCUGAGAUACUAUAUUAUUAUGGGGGUAUUACAAGUCCUAAGUUUAAAAUACCUUUCCACACAUCAUGAAAAAUUUAAGAAAAUUUGUUUUGAAUAUAUUUCCUAUUUUGAAAAUAUUAAUAAAGAAAUUUAUGCCAAAAAAAAACUGGAAAAGUUGUACAAGAAAACAAAUUAUCUGGUUAAAAAAAUUAAGGACAAGGUUACGAAACAGAAACAUGCUCAAGACCUUUUCCCAGAUACGUGUACAAUUUUGCAUGAAUCCAACAAAAACAGUUUUCAGGAAACUUCAUGUGAAAAUGGGACGAUUAGACCUGUGGACACAAGCUUAAUCGAUAGAGGAAAUGAAGAUAACUUGAGUAAGUGUUUAAAUGAACAGAUGGUCGUCGAGAAAGAGAUGUGGAAUACAGAGAACAACUUGAUCAGGAAUGUGACAGACGAGAGGGGAAAAGCGAGCAAAGAAAAAAGAGGGAAAAAAAAUAAUGAUGAUUAUAAUGAUGGAGAUGAUGGAGAUAAUGGAGAUGGUUUAGACAGUGGAGAAGAUAGCGAUGGUUUAGACAGUGGAGACGAUGGCGAUGGUUUAGACAGUGGAGACGAUGGCGAUGGGAAAUGUCAACAGGGCGAAGUGUUGACGUACCGAGUAGAACUAAACGACCAAAUUAGCAACACCUUUUAUAACCUCAUUGCUAAUUUAGAAUACGACGAUUUCUCCAGUGAUUCUGAAAACACAGGGAAGAAAAACACAAAAAUAAAGAAGAGCACAUCUAUUCUUAAUGGAAGAAACGAAGUGAAUGAAGGAUUGCAAAAAAAAAAAAUCGAAAGAAAAAAUGGAGACACAAUAACACACAUGGGGUCCAAUGAAGAUCACAAAAGCAGCAUGGCACAAGCACAUUUAUACAAAUUAAUUUUAAAAUAUGUUAAAAAAAUUAAAAAAAUUAAGAAAUUUUUACAUAAUUUGUAUUCACCUAUAGAAGAUGAAAAUUACAUAAUACAUCGACCGUUAAGGCAUAAGUGGAAAAAAGAACAGGAGCAUUUAUACAAAAUAAAAGAGGAAGAUAUGAAUGACAUUGUAAAUUUAAUUUAUCAGUGCUUAUCACUCGUUUUUGUUGGAAGCUGUGAUAAAACUUUGAAUAAAAGAAUAAAAAACAAAAUAAACAACUUGGUUAAUAUUAGAGAUAAAAACACAAAUAAUUUGUAUUAUUACUACUUGGGGUACAUUAAUUUAGGAUGUGGAAAAUAUGUGCUAAAAAAACAUACAGAUGUGUCAACAUGUACACUCACAUUAAUAUUGUUUAGUUUCUUUCACAUUUAUGAUUUGUCUUCUCACUUUAUUAUUCAUUUAAUAGAAUUUUUAUAUGUUCUCUUGAUUGAUAAGCGUUUUUUGAAAAUUUACGACGUUUCAUCAAAUAAAUUUGUAAAUUUACCGAUACAAUUAAUUUACACAGAAAAGAUAAGCACUUAUCACUUGAGAGAAAAAUGGGAAAAUAGAAAUGAACUCACCAAUUCGAUGUGCAGAAAUGAGCGAAAUAAAAAUACAUGUUUACAUAAAACAAAUUACACAACUUUUAACAAAAAGGUGCUUAUCACUCCCAGUGCUUUACCACACCUGGACAUAGUAAACAUUUCUAUCAUUAACAGUGAUUACUACCAUUUGAGCUUUUCCUUUUUCGAAGAUAAGAGAAAAAAGAAGAACCUCAAGAAUAUCAUUCAGGGAAAUUAUAUAUCAAAUGAUGAACACAUAGAGGAAAGAUAUGGAUCAUGUAAAAAACUUAACAACAAAAACAAUAUAAUAAAAAGAAUAAUAAAAAGGGGUAUCCUCUUCGUUAAGAAACUUGAAUAUAGAAGCAUUCCACUGGAAUAUAAUCACAUUCUCGUGAAGUAUAUGUUUCUAGAUCGUCCUUGUAUAUUUGACAAAAUGGAUAGAAAAAUUUCCUUUGAAAAGUUUACUCGGUACAAUUGUGCUUUAAGCAAAACUUCCAAUAGAGACAACAAUUUUUCAAUCUUACACAAAUGUAAAGAUUCAUAUGAAGAAAGAAAUUGUAACUGUGCAUCACAAUUCGAAGUAUAUAAUGAUAUGAAAAAGGAGAAUCCACUUGAAAGUGAGGAAAAAUCGAGCCUCAUUAUUAACACUAUUGAAAAGAAGAAUAUUCUUAGAAACACGCUCAUGCGAUAUAAGGAUAGUCAAAGUAGCAUAUCUAAAUUUUUACUAGAAUUAUUAAAAUAUUAUGAAAAAACUCCACUCGUAUAUUCAGAUGAUGCAAUGUUAUUAUUUCAAACAAAGAGAAGUUAUAUACAUAAAAAUACCAAUGAAAUAUUCAUGUUAAAAUAUUACUUAAAAAUGGACGUAGACAGCACUAAUUCGGGGGAGACAUAUAACGAUGAUCAGUUGAACACAGACAAAAAAUUUUCAAAAAUGUUUGUACAAAUCAAUGAAGAAUUUGAGAAACAAUUUAUAGAAAUAGAUAAUUUUAAUAAACAAAAUGAAUGUAAAAAGGUGCACUCUCUACAUCUAAUAUAUGUCUCAAUUGUAAACUACUACAAAACAAAAUGGAAUAAUAACUUUCCUUCAACACAUUUCGAGGAAUAUAAAAAAAUAAUGCAUAGCUUAAGCGGAUAUAUGAAUAACCAAAAAAGUAUAACAGAAAAGAGAGAGGAAAAUAAAAAUAAGCCAACUAUCACAUGUGGUGCUUCUUCUGUACCUAUUAUAAUAAGCAACAUUUGUAGUAACCAAUAUGUAAAAAAUAAUAUAUAUACCCUUUAUUACAAAAAUAGAGAGAAAAAGGAAAAUAUACUGACAAAUGAUUUGACUCAUUUAAAUAAAUUCAACGAGUUCUUAGUAGAAUAUGCCAUUAUGAAAAUUAAACCAUUUGUUAAAUAUCAGCUAACUGAUCAAAUACACAAUAACUUCUAUUACUUUCUCCUAAUACAAAAUUUGCAUAUCGAUAAAUGUGUGAAUUAUUUACAUGUACUAUCAGAUAUUUAUAACUCCUUCUACCCAUUUUAUCACUUCUUUUAUAAAUAUUGGGAAGAUCAUUAUUUUGCUUCUCUAUUAUCACAACAAGAGGGGAAAAUGUUAAGUAGUACUACAAGAAUAAAAAAAAAGGACAGGAAAAAAGAAAUUUGCGAUUUAGAAUUCUUUGAUUAUAUUACCAAUUAUGACAGAAAAAAAAAAAAUAUAACAGAAUAUGAAGAAACAGACAAGAGGAAUAACUUGUAUGUAUACACUUUCCCAGAAAAAUCAAACAGUUGCUAUUUUUUAUUUCCCCCAAAAAGCAAUAAAAAAAAACAAAAUGACACAAAAGUGUUUUUUAAAAUGAUAGAAGGGAAGAAUAUUAUUCACAAUCCAAAGGUUACAGGUAGAGAAAUGGCCAAGAUUUCUUCUUCCUCUUCUACUUUCCCUUUAAAGAAGAAAAACAAGAAAGAUAGAAUAACAUUUCAAAAUUGUAUAUUUGAAAAAAUGAAGGAUUUACUUAGCCACAAUUUUGACUACCUCAAAAUAAUGCAAGGGAUUUAUAAAAAGUCCAUCUCACGGUGGAGUUUGAUGACGUAUCUACCCUUUUUCAAUAAUGAUCAACAUUUUGUGUACUUUUUUGAAAAUAACAUAAAAUUAUUAAAAAGAAUUUUUCUACAAUAUUAUCACAAAGGGUAUCCAAACAAGUGCAAAAUUUUUAAUCAGAUCAAAAUUAACAUGAAUCACGCGAAUAAUUUAAUAUAUUUAUUAACAAACUAUUGUAAUUUCCCGAAUUAUUACACCUUUUGGAAUUUCAUAUUACUUGACAGGCAGGAAAACAUUCUACUUAUACCUCAAUUUAGACGCAUCUAUGAUUAUAAAUAUAACAAGUAUAUCCGUUCCGUUCUUUUCAAAGCAGAUGAAGUUUUAACGAAAAUGAAUUUAUUGCAGCACGAAGAAAGGGAGAGAAAUUUAAGGUGCACUUGUGCAAAAAGAAAAAUUGCAAAUACUUCCAAGUGCCACAAUUAUGUUAAUAUUCGUCGGAAUUUCUCUUCAGUGUCAUAUCAUUCUGUAGGAAAUAGAAAAUUGUCGAACGGGCGACAUAACGGAGGGAAGCGAAACAGAAAGAAAUACACAAAUGGAAAAAGUACCAUUCGUGAUAAAAACCGAUAUAUAAAAAUUAGACUCAAGUUGAUUAACAAACAUAGCUUGUUAUCAUUUCUACGAGGCAGAAAAGAAGACAAAUAUUACCCCUUUGUAGUCCUGCAAAAAAUAGCACAUAUGGUUGAGAAAAAUGUUAAAAAUAAAGUAUAUCCAAUUAGAAUGCAACUGUUGAAAAAUUCCCUCUUGGGUAAAUCACCCAGUGCAUACAAUUUCUUUAAGGACUGGAUGAAUAAAUGUGAAUAUAUAUCUAGCAGAUUAGUUAGCACAUGUGCCAUUUCGUUAAAUUCUGAGUACAUUAUACCUUUUUUCACGGACAUAUUACUUUGCUUUUUUAUUGGAAAUUUAUAA